AAUCGUAUUGUACUGUAUUCAGGUAAAGAUAAAGGCGUAUUAAACACGUUCAAAAUGGGUAUAUAAUCGUAGCAGUGCUGUUAUGACCUAAGUCAGUCAAGUUAGAGAAGUGUUAAACAGUUGAUCGUCUCUUAAUCUUCGCAUAUUCGACAGUUGCUUAAGAAAGAUUAAAGCAAAUACACAAUAUUUACAUUAAAAUGAGUAAGACAAGUGAAGAAGAUUUGGUUACAAGUGGUCAUCGGGCUUUUGCCGCUUGGAAUCCUAUAUUCAGUCUAGAGAGUCCUCUUAGAGUCCGCAUGAAAGUUGUCGACGAAUUGAAUUCUAGCCUUAUUAUGAUGGAUGAAUUAUCCGAACAACAGAAGCUGGAUGAGGCACUAGAAGGCCUGGUUCGAAGGUGUGAGGGCUUCAGGAAACUAAACUACUGCUCUUCAGAGCAAGGUAGUUCUUCGGGUGUAUCGUCGCUUGCCGUAACACCGCCUUUGGACACAAUAAACGAAUCUUCUGAUAGAAGUGAUGCAAAUAACGUUUGUGCAAAUCAGGAUAUGAAUGCUAUAAAGAAUGACAGUGACAGUGAAAAUAGCUGUAGUGAUGAAUAUCCUAUGCGAACGGUAGAUGAUGAUGGCGUUGAAAUGGUUAUAAUCGGCAAUUAUGAUACGCGCAUUCCGGCAAAACUUUUCGAUACAAUUCUAUGGAGUUCAGCUGCUUCCGCUACUCGUCAAUUGUUGGGAUUCAUCUUUUCCGACGAUGAAUUAGCUACGCACACCUUGACUGGUAAACCUUCACCAGCAUUUCAUGGUCGCCAACGGCCACCUAAAUCGCAGCUAGACCCCGAUAAAGUGGCCGACGUUAUUUCUAUUGUACAAGCGAAAUGCUCUUGUAAUGAACGCGUGGUUCGGGCAGCUAUUACUACUAAAUGUUCAGAUACAGCUAGGAAGUACAAGCGUCAGUCUAAAAAGAAUCAAACGAUUUAAUGUCAAAUUUCUAUUU